AGUGAUCUGAACAUUGUUAGCGGAGAUCGAGAGAGUUGCUCCCCUUUAGGAAUCCGCGAUACCCCUGGUCCGCAGCUUGGCUUAAUGUUUGAACGGGACACAUUGUACUGACUAUGAACCGUACGCGUCUGCGAUAGCUUUUCAUUUCCCUAAUUCACAAGGACUGGUUUGCGGUCUCGCUGUAACCACAGCGAACGUAUUUUAUCGUAUAUGACUUUGUUUCAUAGAUGUGUAUUUAUCGUGUUUGCAACAGAUUGUAUUUGAGCUGGUUUUACUAAGUGUUCGUACUCUCCAAGAAACAUCAGCAGUAGCCGCCAUCAGUGAUACCUCGUUAAUCUGGACUCCUACCAGUGAACACGUCCGGAUUACCGCAUCGACAAGCCAUUACAAAAACAAAUCACCAGCCCGUACACCACAGCGGCCGUCGACCGUGAUGACAGAUGGUGAACUGGGGACAAAGGGGAGCAACCGCUAGCUGAAGACAAAAUGCAAAUGUGGAGGUUCUGACGGUAUCGCUUGUUGUUGCUCUAAACUGAACAUCGGUUUCAGUGUGUGAACUCUGACGAAGACAGGUCGUAUUUCAAGUGUUUGCUCAAUGGUCAUGUUAUUGAAUUAUUUGUAAUUGUGCACCUCGUACAUUGUGUUAUCUCUCGUCAACAUGUGGUCUUAAUUUGUUCACAAAAUUAUCGGCGUUCAACUAUAAUGGAAUCCCAGACGUUGUCGUCAAGUUUGGAUGAAACUGGUCAUCGGUAUUGGGUCAGUUUCUCGAACUCUUCCUUCGCGAAAGGGUCUACUUCCCACGCCCAUAAAGGAUUUCUUAACGGAAUGGGACCGAGGUCUGGUGAAAAAGCCAUAGUUAAAGCAUUUAGGAAUGAACCAGGGACGCAAAGCAGAUGUGAUACAGAAAUAGCCAAGUCUGAAAAGGCUGAAGAACUUGCAAAGCUUUUCAACAGGAAAUUCUCCGAAAACAACCUAAACAUCGCCUUUGCAGAACCUUUGAAAGCGCUUAUGGAUCGGAUAGCUUUGAUUGACGUGUUUUCCUUCAGCCGCAGAAGGCUCAAUGGUAGAGAGUGGGUGCUUAUUGAACAGAACAUGGGGAAGAGGUUCCAAGUGUUUGUGAAGCGCCACGGUGAAGUAAGCAGGACCAUACAUCCGUUGCUACCCGCGUUUAUGCAUUUCAGUUACCAUCACACUGGUGGGGAUCUCUUGGUGUGUGGACUCAAAGGUGCUGCUGAUGAAGUCGGGUGGACAUUGAAGAUACCCACCAUCCAUUCCGUUAAGCAGGAGUACGGCUUGUCGGACUGUGGUGAGAGUGGGAUAAUGCAGGUGUUUAGUAGACAUGAAUGCAACUACAUCUGCGAGGGGAUGCAGCUACCAAACCUGGCUCAAAGAAUGACGGUUGGUGAACUGAGUCCAAGACUUGAACAUAACCGAAGUUCACCGAUUCCCAUGUUCCAGAGACAGCCAAGUGCACCUUUUGACCCGGAAGUGUUCUGUGACCCUUUGUCUCCCAUGAUGCAAGGCUAUCUGCCUUCACCCCCUCCCUACUUCCAGCAACCGUUUGCUAACAUGGGACAAACAUUGUUUUAUUUGAGCGAUCCGGGAACGUUCGGCAGCUGUGAUGAUGAAACGUUUUUCAAGAAAUGAACAUUCCAACAAGACGAACGUUACGAACGCUUGAAUUGUACAUGGAGGAUAAGUAGAGGUUAUAAUUACCAGCGCUUAAGAACCAUAAGGUUCCACAUAGAUCCAGCUUCUGUGCAAAAUGCUUCGUUGUCUUAUUCACAGGACAACACCAUGUUGUUAUAAUCAACAUAGUACCACGCAAAAUAAGUCAUGUGUUGAAAAUGGACCGGUUCUGCACCUGGAUCUCUUAACACCUUAACAUAUCACGUACAUGCAAGAAGCUUUUGAAGCAUUGAAUGACUAACCUAUGUUCUGCUUUUUUGAUCGCACACUAGAUCUUUGUUUGUUGCAAAAAAGAUAUGAAACAUGUAUCGCCAUAUAAAACAUUUGAAUACAA